GCGGCGCGCAUGGAUUUAUGAAAACACUCAUGCAAGAAGUUGGCAGGACUGGGGCAAACUUUUCCGCCGGCUCUGCGUCCGCCGCUCCCCGCGCCUCGUCUCCUUUCCGCUCCUCGCCCGGCGGCCGCCGCUGCCCGCGAUGGUCACAGGGCUGCUGGGCGGCGGCGGCGGGGCCCGCAGGGGAACCGUGCCGGGCUCCUGGCUGUGCCUGAUGGCGCUGCUGCAGCUGCUGGGCUCGGCGCCGCGGGGCUCUGGGUUGGCGCACGGCCGCCGCCUCAUCUGCUGGCAGGCGCUGCUGCAGUGCCAGGGGGAGCCGGAGUGCAGCUACGCCUACAACCAGUACGCCGAGGCGUGCGCGCCGGUGCUGGCGCAGCGCGGCGGGAGCGACGUGCCGGGGGCCGCCGCCGCUGCUGCCGCCUUCCCUGCCUCGGCCGCCUCCUUCUCUUCGCGCUGGCGCUGCCCGAGCCACUGCAUCUCGGCCCUCAUUCAGCUCAACCACACGCGUCGCGGGCCCGCCUUGGAGGACUGUGACUGUGCGCAGGACGAGAACUGCAAGUCCACCAAGCGCGCCAUUGAGCCGUGCCUGCCCCGGACGAGCGGCGGCGGCGCAGGCGGCCCCGGCGCGGGCGCGGGCGGGGUCUUGGGCUGCACCGAGGCCCGGAGGCGCUGUGACCGCGACAGCCGCUGCAACCUGGCGCUCAGCCGCUACCUGACCUACUGCGGCAAGCUCUUCAACGGGCUGCGCUGCACCGACGAGUGCCGCACGGUCAUAGAGGACAUGCUGGCCAUGCCCAAGGCGGCACUGCUCAACGACUGCGUGUGCGACGGCCUGGAACGGCCCAUCUGCGAGUCGGUCAAGGAGAACAUGGCCCGCCUGUGCUUCGGCGCCGAACUGGGCAAUGGCCCGGGCAGCAGCGGCUCGGACGGGGGCCUGGACGACUACUACGACGAGGAGUACGACGACGAGCAGCGCCCCGGGGGCACGGGCGGCGAUCAGCCGCUGGACGACGAUGACGGGGUCCCGCACCCGCCGCGCCCGGGCGGCGGCGCUGCUGCGGCAGGCGGCCGCGGGGACUUGCCCUACGGGCCCGGGCGCAGGAGCAGCGGCGGCGGCUGCCACUCGGCACCCCGAAGCGCCUGGACCCUGCUCGCCUCCAUCUUGCUGCUCCCGCUGCUCUUUUAGCCCUCGCGCCCCCCGCCGUCGGCCACGGGAGGGUCGGCGACGGGGCACCUGUGGCUCGGGGACAGAGGGGUGGUCGGGGAUUUUUUUCCAAAACGUUUUCUAGGUGGCUUCUGCCUAGCCGAUAUCCCGCCCUCGACUUGUCUCACCAUCCUCGCCUCCUCUCCGGAGCAGGACUUUUUGGACAUCCUUCCCUGCCCCCAUUCCAGGCUCCAGAAACUCCCCGCAGAAGCCUGCCUAGCUCCAGACCCCCGGCAUGAAACGGGCCCGGCAGGGGGACAGAACCGUAGUUCUGGACUCCGAAGAGAGGAUGAUGACCAGAGGGGCCUUAAGAGUUUCAAGGGACUGGGUUUGGAGCGGGAGUUUUGAAGAAGGAUUUAUAUUUUCAUAGGGACUGUUUAUUAGUAUUUCUCCUGGAGGGAGGGGGGUGCCGGUAUCGACUUUUAUUGUGGCCAGUGAGGACAUUGCAAUCGUAACUGAUUCUCGUUUACUCUUGGUUUCCGCGCCCAGAAUUGUUUUUGUAGGGGGGGUGGGGUGCGGGAGGUGAGGGUGGCGGUCAUGAGAAGGGUUAAUUUUCCUGAGUUUGGAUAGUUUUGAGCCCUUGACUUUAAUUUCAUUGCCACCACUCUGAUCUCUUAGCACAUUGCUUAGGAUUAAGGAUCCAAAAAUGCUAUCUAGAGAGUUGCUAGUGGUGUUGAACAAUGCAAGUUUUUAUUUAAAAGAGCUCUGCACUGCCAUUUAUGAAAGCCUCUUUAUGAUGUUUGUUUUGUUGUCAUUUUUGUUCUUUACACCAAGAAAUUAUAUGUACAAAAAUGCAGAGAACAUAUAUUGCCUCUGCUUUUAUCAGGGCACUCACCCCUGGUACUUCGUAUAUAAAAUGUAUUAAAACUGGGAUUUGUUACCAGUUGCUGUAUUUUGUAUAUAGAAUUUUUAUAAAUUGUAUGCUUCAGAAAUAAUUUAUUUUUUAAAAAGAAAUUUAAAAAUUUAAAUCCACAUCCAUGGUACACCUUUCUUGCCUGAAAUGUAAAGAAUCCAAUUGUCACCAGGGAUCCAGACCCACCAUCAAUUGUGAAGUGUGCUCUAUCUAGAACAGUUUAAAAAUGUACAGUGUAUUUUAUAGAUUUGAAGUUAACAUUCUUAUUUUCAAGAGAAUUUAUGAACGUUGUAGAAAUGUAUAAAUGCAUUUCCAAACUGCCUUAAACAUUGUAUUUUUAUAGACUUAAAAAAAAUCUUAUGUUUUAAGUAACUGUGGCUUUGUGUAUUUUUUUUUUUUUUUGGUUAUUUGAUUUUAUUAAAAUGUGUACAUCAGUAAAG